GACCCGCUGCCGGGCAGCGUUGGGAAAGGCACGGGCAGCAGUUCGCCGUGGGUGGACCCGGCCCCCUCGCCACGCCUCCCGCCGCCCCGGACAAGCCGCAGCUCCACCGGGUUACGGUACGGCGUGUACCACCCAGCCUGGACCGGGGACGGAGGCCACGGAGACCCACGGGCGAUGGCAGGAAAAGCUCACAGGCUGAGCACGGAGGAGAGGGAGCAGUUGCUGCCGAACCUGAGAGCCGUGGGGUGGAACGAGGUGGAAGGCAGAGAUGCCAUCUUCAAAGAGUUCCACUUCAAGGAUUUCAACCGGGCCUUUGGCUUCAUGACCAGAGUGGCUCUACAGGCAGAAAAACUGGACCACCACCCCGAAUGGUUCAACGUGUACAAUAAGGUUCACAUCACCUUGAGCACCCACGAGUGCGGAGGCUUAUCGGAGCGAGACAUCAACUUGGCCAGCUUCAUCGAGCAGGUUGCAGCUUCCCUCUCCUGACUAGAGACACACACAUGAAGCCAAAAAAAAAAAAAAAAUCAACUCUGCCGCUGCCACAGCCCGCCUCUCGCCUGGACGGCCGCACCUAAAACCUUCUCCCACUUCCAAGCUAGUUCCUGGAUCGAGACUGCCUAACACCAUGCCAAACUCCCCGCCGCAGCUCAGAUGGAUGGCCACCGCGCACAUAUCCAUCUCUGAUCUUGCCGCUUCCGUUCUUAAACCCUUUGUCACCGUACGCUACCAGCCUGCAAACUGCUGAGCCUCCGAGGCUUUCGGCAGACAUGCCCUUUUACCAGGAGUGACGUUACACAAGUGCACCAGUAAAUCCUUCCACAGCCCGACCCCAUCCAGCCACUGUGUUAUUGCUUCUUACCUACAGGAAUAUGCUUUCCACCCAAAACGUGGUACGUGAACCCUUUGGUUUCUCUAUAACACCCCAGCAACUGUCACGUGCAAUUUGGUUAUCACCGUAACCUCUCUCUAGCAGUAUUAUAAAUCAGGCAUGUGAUCUCACCCCUGUUGUAACCAGCCCUUAGUAAGAUACCAACUGAAAAUGUUUACAAUAAACAUCUUGGUUAACCUGG